AUGUAUCCGAUCAGUUUCAGACAAGUGAAAAAUUUACGGCGCAUUUCAAGUACUACUGAUAAAGCUUGGAUGAUUGAUGAACGAAGUUGGGAACUCUACUUGAAAUUGUACAGAUAUUUUAAUCUCUUCGAACACUUUCACACCUAUGAGGAAUGGGAAAAGUAUGAUGCUGCAGUGCGGAGUGUUUUACGAAACGGUGCUGUAGAAAGCAGUGAAGAAACAUCGCCAAUGCGAAACAUUGAAAGCGAUGAACAGCCACUUAGCAACGAAAGUGUUCUGAAAAACGCUCUACAAAUAGUGUUUGACGUUCACGUUGCCUUUACUAUCUUGAACGACUGCAAUGUAGAAGAGAACGGCACGCAGGAGCAGCAAGCACAGUUUGUUGGAAUUAUUGGUACUAAGUUAUCGGCUCAGCUGGAUAUGGUCUAG